GCUAAACCGUAACUGCAUUUUAGAGAUGUGUUAAGAUCACUAAAAGUUUUAGGAUUUCAGCUCAACGAUUGAGCUUUAGAAGAGUGAUUCUUCUAUUGUUUUUUAGUUGUGUGAUCCUUAUGAAGCUGUUGAACUCCUGAUGGAUGAAAGAUUCUUGUUUGUGUCUUGAUGAUUUCCUGCUGCUUUUCUGGAUAUAUUUGGAUCAGUCUUGACAUGUGAAACAUUUACUUGUUUUUUGAAGUUGUGGACUGGGGGAACUUAAAAAACCUAAAAAGUUGGGAUUUGGGAGCUUAAAAAACUUAAAAGUCAGGACUUGGGAGCUUAUGAAAAUGACCAAAAAUAAAAUAACAAUUGAUCCCUUCAGUUGAGAUCAGGGCUGAAGUUGGGAAUUUAAGAGGGUCCAGUGUCUCGUUGUUUUCAUGAUUCAUCUACCACCACUAUACUAAUUUCGAUGUGAUCUUUAGUCUUUCUUCUUGAACUGGAAGUGGGUAUUUGGAAUUAUAGUUUUCUUUUUUUCCGACAGAGAUUUGAAUUUUAGAUGUGUUGCUCUUUCCAUGCGAAUCUGAUUUUCUUCUAACAUCUUUCUUACUGUAGAUGGGGUGUUAAGAAGCCUCAAAUCAUGGAAAAUUCUGUCACGAUCUUGUCAAGUGCAGGUCUUGGGAUGGCCAUGUUCAGUCUCGGUAAGAUCAUUGAUAUGCUCAUCAUGUUCAGUCUCGGUAAGAUCAUUGAUAUGCUCAUUCGAUGUGAGGGGUGUCAUCAAGAAAUAUGACAGUCCCGAACAAAUUCUUGAAGAAUUCUUUCAUUUAAGACUUGAGUUCUAUGUAAAGAGAAAGAAAGUAAUGUUGGAUAAUCUUGAGAAGGAAGAAGCCCAGGUGGAGGAGGUGAUAGGACAGAUGGAGGGUAGGGCAGGCAAGCCUCUCGCUAAGGCUUCUAGACAAGUUGGAAAGAACCAAAGGAAGAACAACACCAAGAAAGCCAAUGAAGUAGAUACUGUUGUUGAAUCUGUAGCAUCACUUAGUACUACAGCUGAAACUGGACAUGUUUCCGAAGGGGCAAAACCCAAAGGCAGGGGAGCUCCGAAGAAGGCUCCUGCUAGAAAGCAGAAAAUGCCGACUGUUGUUGAUAGUGAAGAGGAAGAUGAUGAGGUGCUCGAGCUGAAAGAAUGAAUGAUGAAGU